CCUCCAUUUUGCAACUGUAGCUGGCACAAAUAUUACAGAACUUCCCGCUGAGAUAGGUGAUCUUACCUCCCUUGAGUCUCUUGGUUUAUGUGAGUUAUUGGAGUGGUCCUUUUUUAUCUGGAGGGAGGACUUUCAAUUGAUUUUGCGAUGUCAUCUUUUACUUUCUUCACACUUAACUACCUUUGCCUCCAUUUUGCAACUGUAGCUGGCACAAAUAUUACAGAAAUUCCCGCUGAGAUAUGUGAUCUCACCUCCCUGACAAACUUUAAAAUUAGUGAGUCAUUACAGUUAUCCCCAGAUGUCUGUAGCGACCAGACCUUUCGUUUUAUUGUCUUUCCGUUUAUUUCUUCUCGUUCAUGCUCACACCGUUCCGCAUUUUUAAGUGGAUCUCUGCAUCAGCACCAACGAACCCUCCUAUCACCCCACUGACGUACCUACCACCUUCGAACCUACCACCAACGAACCUUUCUCCAACGAACCUUUCUCCAACGAACCUUUCUCCAACGAACCUACCACCUACGAACCUACCACCUACGAACUUAGCACCUAAGAACCCAGCACCUUCCCUGGCUCCGAUGAUAACAACAACAGCAUCCUCCCCAGUUAUGACUGGUUUGAUCCCCAGCCAGCUGGACCAGUUGGGCCAGUUGACAGGCCUUACUUCUCUAAAUCUCUUUGGUAUGCCGUCCCUAUUUGCGAUGCGACUGUGGUCCAGGUUACUAGAUCUUUUCAAUGGCUAUUCCUCACAUUGCUUUUUGUUCUUGCCGACAACCCUCCUCAUGUUGCAGAGGGAAAGAAUUUUAACCGAUCCAAUGUUCCAGAGGAGGUCUUGGAACUUCCCGACCAAAUUGUUGCCGGUACUUACAGUAAAUAGUUUUUCAUGGGUGUUUUGUUUCUGGUUUGGGAAGCCGGCGGCCUAAAUACCGAAUCCUUUGUGUGUCUAUUUUGCUAUAGAGGAAUCUGAAGAAUAUGACUGGGAUGAUUAUGAUUAUAAAUUCCUCAUGUGACUAUGACAUCUUCGAUCCUGGGACCUUCGAUCACGACUCUCUCGAGAUGGAAUUUUUCGUUGAAAUGAUAAGAAAUAAGUAUUACAUGU